AGAAUACAUAUAUCAGUACAACGCACCCUUUCCGUGUUGUGCAUCUCUUCAUUUCUCCUUGUUCGUGUGAUGCCACUUUCUUGUGUUUUUUUUUUUUACUCCCGCAUUUCUUUUUUCUUUUGUUCUCUUUUAGCGUCAGCCAAAGAAGAAAGGAAUCAAAAACUGCAAGACGGCGGUGUCAGGUUUCACCGGCAGGUAGGAGACAAACAACAGAGGAGGCGGAGGACUGUGCAUGGGCUCCGCUGUCCCCUCACUUUUUCCUACUCAAAAUGCAGGUUUUCUGCAUCUGUGAAAAAAGGACUGACUGUGCAGCUGUGGGUAGCUGCGAGGGGCGGUCGACGUUCACUUCCGUUCUGCUAUACCACUCCAGUGCGUAGUUCGACCGCUGCUGCGCGGUGCACAUGGAUCUUUUUGAUAACUAUUUGUCACUUCCUUGUUCGCUCCCACGCCGGCGGGUGUGUGGGUGGGAAUGUGCAGCGGUCGAACGGGCAGAAGGCAUGUCAGUGCACCGCGAAAAGCUUUCUUCACGCGUUCUGCAAUUUCUCGCCGCCCUUUUUCCCCUCCCUUCUCUCUCUUCUUCUUCCUUUUAAUCUUCUAUUGAUUUUGUUCCGCGUCACCGUUGCCGCACCGCAAUGUAGAUUUAACGAUCUAAUCCAAGACACUCUCCCUAACACGCCAUAUCAACACACACGCACGCAUCUCCCGCUCCUUGCUGUGACCGCGCACCGCUCGUGUUCUUCCCUCCUCCCCUGUCCCCACGAUGCAGACAACCGACUCUGCCGGCGACCUCGGCAGCCUCGGCGUGGCAGCGGCACCGAUCCCAAACGACGAGGCGACGCCGCAGAAGUGGGUGCACCCCGAGGCGGCCGCGCUCUUCCACGCGGCGCCGUGCACACAGCACAUCCCGAUCUUCAGCAAGAGCUUCGAGGGCUACGGGCCGCGCUGCGUCUCGUCGCUCGGUCUGUGCUACUUCCUCAACAAGGGACUCGCCAACUAUCUCAUGUCCUACUCCCGCUUCGCCAUGUUCACCGACCGCUUCGGCAUCGACGGCACGCGCUACCAGCGUCUGCAGAGUAUUUCAAAGAUGGGGUGGUCCGUCAAGGCCUUCACCGCGUCGCUGUCGGACGCCUUUGCGCUGUUCGGCUACACGAAGCGGUGGUACUGCGGCAGCUCGGCAGUGCUCGGCGGUGCCUUUGCCCUAGGGUUUGCCCUUCUACCCCAGAAGACGGCCUCUGCCGACAUCGCCGCUGGGUUUCUCUUCCUCAGCAACUUCUGCAUGGCGAACAUCGAUAUCCUGUCGGAGGGCCACUACAGCCGUCUCAUGCGCCAACACCCCGACUCGGGCCCUGCGCUCGUCAGCUUGAUCUGGUGGUUCAUCCUGGCGGCCUCGAUCGUCUCCGCUGCGAUUCAGGGCCCGCUGUCCGACAUGAAGAAGCCGCAGAUCGGCCUCUACGUGUCGGCUGCCUGCCAGUUCGUCUCGACCGUCUUCUUCAUCUUCAACUGGUUCGACGAGCGCAGGAACCGCGAGGAGCGCCUGGGCGACGCCCGCGCGCUGCACGCCGAGAUCUACAAGCUGCAGAUCGAGGCGAGGCGUGAACACGACGUGCUGGCGGAUGUGGUGGCGGGCGCAGCGAAAGACCUGCACCCCGAGCACGACGACGAGCCGUCGAGCGACCACAACUCGCAGCAGCACCUGAGCGAUGAACUCGUGUUGGGUGCCGACGUCGGUGUGGACGCCGCGGAGGAGGACGAGAUGUGGUCCACUUUCGAGGAGCCGAAGGCCAUUUCGCUCUGCUGCGGUGCGGUAGAGUUCAACAAGGAGGUGUGCCUGCGCAACUGGCGCGUGCUGGUGUACUCUGCGGUGAUGGUGUGCUCCGCGGUGGCGAUGACGUGUGUGACCAUUCUCGGCACAACAUGGGACCUCUUCUACGCGGCCAUCGCCGUCGCCGUGGUGAACUGUGCGUUGGCCUUCUGGGCCACUCCGCUGGUGAUCGCCAAAGCCAUCGUCUUCAUCUACUUCAACAUGCUCCUCUACCUGCAAAUCAACGGCGCGAUGGACAGCUUCUACAUGGCCAAGGAGGAGUGCUACCCGGACGGUCCGCACUUCUCCUACGUCUUCUACACGACGAUUGCGGCGAUCAUCGGCAACAUCGGCGGCAUGGUGGGCGUGACCGCCUUCACGUACAUCUUCUCCAAGCACAGUUACUGCAUGACUUUCAUCGUGACCACCAUUGUGCAGGUGCUCGGCUCCAUCUUCGACAUCAUCAUCGUGGAGCGGUGGAACCUCUACAUCGGCAUUCCGGACCACGCCAUGUACAUCAUGGGCGACUCGAUCGUGUACGAGGUGUGCUACAUGCUCUCCUUUAUGCCGAUGAUUGUCCUCAUAUCCCGCAUCUGCCCGCGCGGGUCGGAGAGCAUGAUCUACGCCCUCGUUGCGAGCUUUGCGAACAUGGGCCAGUCCAUGUCCAGCACGAUUGGCUCGAUUCUGCUGGAGAAGGCGUGGCCCAUCGUGACGAAGGGCGCUGGAAAGUGCGACUAUCACAACUUGUCAUUGUUGCUGGUGGUGGGUCACUUGUGCUUGCCGAUGCUGAUCGUUCCGCUGAGCUUCCUGCUGCUGCCGCGUGCGCGCAUCUGCGACGACAUCGACGUGGACGGCCACGUGAUUCGUGUCGAGACGAAGCGCCGCAUGGCGAAGCUGGAGACGAACUCGUCCUCGGAGGAGACCGCGGAGGAGCCCUUCCGCUCCGGCGAUGGCGAAGGCGAAGGCCGGAAGUAA